GAGCCCGACCUCCCGCAAUGCCAACGUGGACUACGAGGGACUGGGUCACAAGAGCCAGGCACGUCCCGAAGGAAGCGCGUCCCGCAAGUGGUACUUCUUGGGCGCCGGCCUGGCUUUGCUGGGCGUGGCCGGGGUGGCAGCCAAGGUGGUGGCCCGCCCUUCCGGUGCCUUGUUUUCCUCGAGUGCCACGACGGGCGGCGAGAUUCAGAAUUGGGAGGAGCUGCCUGGGAUGGACAAGGUCAUCCGCAAGGCACAGAGCUUGAAGCCCGCGCACCCGCUGCGGAACCUGCAGGACCUCUUCUACGAUUCCCAGCCCGAGGAGUUGCCAUGGAUCCGCACAGAGUGUGUCAUUGACACAGUUCAGGCAGCCGCCUACCUUGGUCAGGCCGUGGUCUUCCUCUACAAGGCCAUCGACUACAACGGCCUUGAGUGCCCGGACAACUCGCCCGUGGGCUGUGCGGCCAGUGUUGCCGGUUUCAUCACCUCCAUCUCCUGGAUUGCCUCGUACCUCUCCUUCGCGGCAAACGCCUGCGGCCAGGCCGUGAACAAUGGGGCUCUCUGCGCUGGUGACUUCACGGCUCUCAUGGCCAACUUCGGUGAGAUCGCCACGGUGGGCGCGGCGGUGAAGGCAGACUGCGACUUCGGCAAGAACGCCAUCAGCAUCCUCACGAAUCCGGACCCCGUGAGCCCGCCGUGGGCGCAGUUCGUCCCGGGCGGCGCGGGGCCCGAGGCCGAGAAGAUCCUGGCGAUCAAGGGCCACCAGGAGGCGAACCGCAACCGUGGCUUCGACAUCACGCAGUGCGUCAUGGACGUGACCAACUCCGCCUCCUACAUCGUCCGCGUCAUCCUCCAGAUUCGCUCUGCUGGCAGCUCCUGUCCCGACCCGAAGCCGCCGGGCAGCGGUUGCUAG